CGGUAAAGCUAAGGCACGGAAGAGAGCAGGGUCUACUUACCUAGGGUAGACACGUCGUCUAAACAAAGUGCGAUAGAAAUUCCCCAACGAACUAAUUGUUAUGAUAAUGAUGACGUGUAAAAGUAAGUGUCUUUCUAACUCUGUAUAGAAAAAGCUGGAGGUCUAGAUCAAAUGGUAUCGGUAUUCGCCGUUGAAUUUGUAGUUCCAAGACUUGCGUGCUUACUGUAUAUUCGCCAUUACUAGAUAUAUACGGCACGAUGCAAGCCUCGGUUGCCGGAUCGUAAGCUAAGCAUCCAUAGUUAUUUGCGAAGGGCGUCGUCUAAUCCCUAUGGUGGCCUUUUGAUAUCAUGUAGAAAGGAUGAUGAAAUAACGGUGUCAUCAUCUCACGAAGACUUGGGAAAUAUCUGCCGAGAUCCCCGCUUGGAGUUACGAGAUUUGCCCCAUCGAGAUCAACCAGAGGACCGAUCAUACCAGUCAGACGCGUCUGGCCAGUCUGACAAACUCUUUCCCGGCUGUUAUUCCCACCUUGCCGGUUCUGACAACCAGUUACCAUUGAUAGUCAUCUGGAUAUCUUUCCACAACCAGGCGUGUGAUCACAACAAUGAACGGCACUUCACCCACCAAGCCCUUCAACCUCGCUAUUGUCGGGGGAGGUAUUACUGGCCUCACACUGGCAAUUGUCCUCUUGCAGCACAAUGUCCAAUUCACAGUCUACGAGGCGGCGUCCAAGUUUGGCGAGAUUGGCGCCGGGGUCGGCUUUGGUCCCAACGCCAUCAGGGCCAUGAGUCUUAUAUCUCCAUUGGUGCAAGAGGCGUACCAACGCUGUCGGACAAAUCAAUGGGAGUCGAAGCAAAACGUUUGGUUUGGUGCGAGGGUGGGUGAUAUGCGCAAGGCUGGAGAUGACGGUACCUUCGAGUAUGCGGGACGACCGGGGAUGAAGAUUGGAGAUGAGAUGUUCGAGAUCCAUUACCCCAACCUCGAGGAUAUCAGCGGCGUUGGAGGUGUACAUCGUGCACAUUUUCUUGAUCAGCUAGUACAUCUCAUUCCGUCGUCCGUGGCACGCUUUGGAAAGCGACUAGUGGAUGUAUCUGGAGCAACCGAUGGUUCAGAGGACGUGGUCUUGCACUUUGCAGAUGGGACGACAGCUCAACACACAGCCGUACUUGGCUGCGAUGGUAUCAAGUCGCAGACGCGGAAAUCGCUCUUGGGAAGUGACACCUGGAAUGCCGUUUUCUCUGGAAAGUGCGCGUAUAGGGGUCUAGUGCCGAUGACAAAGGCCAUUGAAUUACUAGGCGAGGAGAAGGCUAUGAACAGUCAGAUAUACUUUGGCUAUCAUGGACAUAUCUUGACCUUUCCCAUUGAAAAGGGGAAGACUAUGAAUGUUGUGGCUUUCGCCUCUCGUGAAUCGUGGACAACCCCUGAAUGGGUCGUCCGCGUUACCAAAGAAGAGCUGCUAGCUGAUUUCCGGACUUGGGGUCCUACGGCAAUCGCCAUCAUCUCAGCCAUGGAACGACAUGAUGUCUGGGCUCUAUUCGAUCAUCCGCCAGCCCCGACAUAUUAUGGAACGAAGCCACGUAUCUGUCUAGUCGGCGACGCCGCACAUGCCACCACUCCGCACCAGGGCUCUGGUGCUGGCAUGGGGAUCGAGGAUUGUUACAUUCUUGGGAACUUGCUUGGGGAAGCGGACUCGGUCGAGGAUCUGGACAGGGCGUUCAAGGCAUAUGACGAGAUCCGACGUCCAAGGACGCACAAACUCGUCACAACGAGUAAGGAGGCGGGUCGGUUGUGGGAUUUCGAACUCGAAGGCCACGAAGACGACGUAGAUGCACUUCAGCGGAACAUGGAGAAUCGAAUGCAUUGGAUCUGGAACCACGAUUUGCGCGCUGAGCUGGAAAGGGCGAGGGUAAUCUUUAGGCAGCCAGCUUGAUGCUGUGCGGUAGUAUUUUGUAGGAUUAGAGAACUUGAGGACAGGUUACGAUAGUGACAGAUGUUGCUUAGCACUACGAGGCAAUCACCGCCUAUUCCCUGGAAGGCUUAUGAAGAUGUGACUGCCUUGCCAGUCAGAUAUCUGCUUGCAUUACCAGAGAAGGCAUGAAGCACACACCGUACCUACCUACUAGGUACCUACAUAAGGUAGGUAGGGGCAGCAAAAGCUAUGGCAAGUGUACCUGCUGCUUGAUCGAUCAUGUUGGGUAUAUUGUACCUAUACUAAGAGGUAAGCAUCCACGAUGGUAAGUGUAGAUAGAUACG